GGCAAGCGAGGGAGAUGGACGUUGAGAGAACGAGAGGGAAGGAGAGAAAAUGGCGUCCACGGAUUACAGUACCUACAGCCAAGCUGCAGCCCAGCAGGGCUACAGUGCUUACACCGCCCAGCCCACUCAAGGAUAUGCACAGACCAGCCAGGCUUAUGGGCAACAGAGUUAUGGAACUUACGGACAGCCCACUGACGUCAGCUAUACCCAGGCGCAGGCCACUGCAGCCUAUGGGCAGACCGCCUAUGCAACUUCUUAUGGACAGUCUCCCACUGGCUAUACUACUCCGACUGCCCCCCAGGCAUACAGUCAGCCUGUCCAGGGGUAUGGCACUGGUGCUUAUGAUACCACCACUGCUACAGUCACUACCACCCAGGCCUCCUAUGCAGCUCAGUCUGCGUAUGGCACUCAGCCUGCUUAUCCAGCGUAUGGGCAGCAGCCAGCAACCACCGCGCCUACAAGACCACAGGAUGGUAACAAGCCCGCUGAGACUAGUCAACCUCAGUCUAGCACAGGGGGUUACAACCAACCCAGCCUAGGAUAUGGACAAAGUAACUACAGUUAUCCCCAGGUACCUGGGAGCUACCCCAUGCAACCAGUGACGGCACCACCGUCCUAUCCACCUACCAGCUAUUCCUCUACACAGCCGACUAGUUACGAUCAGAGCAGUUAUUCUCAGCAGAACACCUAUGGUCAGCCGAGCAGCUAUGGACAGCAGAGUAGCUAUGGUCAACAAAGUAGCUAUGGGCAACAGCCGCCCACUAGUUACCCCCCCCCCCAAACUGGAUCCUACAGCCAGGCUCCAAGUCAAUAUAGCCAACAGAGCAGCAGCUACGGGCAGCAGAGUUCAUUCCGACAGGACCACCCCAGUAGCAUGGGUGUUUAUGGGCAGGAGUCUGGAGGAUUUUCCGGACCAGGAGAGAACCGGAGCAUGAGUGGCCCUGAUAACCGGGGCAGGGGAAGAGGGGGAUUUGAUCCUGGAGGCAUGAGCAGAGGUGGGCGGGGAGGAGGACACGGUGGAAUGGGCAGCGCUGGAGAGCGAGGUGGCUUCAAUAAGCCUGGUGGACCCAUGGAUGAAGGACCAGAUCUUGAUCUAGGCCCACCUAUAGAUCCAGAUGAAGAUUCUGACAACAGUGCGAUUUAUGUGCAAGGAUUAAAUGACAAUGUGACUUUAGAUGAUCUGGCAGACUUCUUUAAGCAGUGUGGAGUUGUUAAAAUGAACAAAAGAACUGGGCAACCCAUGAUUCAUAUCUACUUGGACAAGGAAACCGGAAAGCCCAAAGGUGAUGCCACAGUGUCCUAUGAAGACCCGCCAACUGCAAAGGCUGCCGUGGAGUGGUUUGAUGGGAAAGAUUUUCAAGGAAGCAAACUUAAAGUUUCUCUUGCUCGGAAGAAGCCUCCAAUGAACAGCAUGCGAGGUGGAAUGCCACCCCUUGAGGGCCGCGGAAUGCCACCACCGCUUUGUGGAGGUCCAGGGGGCCCAGGAGGCCCAGGGGGACCUAUGGGUCGCAUGGGAGGCCGAGGAGGAGACCGAGGAUGCUUUUCCCCAAGAGGGCCUCGGGGUUCCCGAGGGAACCCAUCAGGAGGAGGAAAUGUCCAACAUCGAGCUGGAGACUGGCAAUGCCCCAAUCCGGGAUGUGGGAACCAGAACUUUGCCUGGAGAACAGAAUGCAACCAGUGUAAAGCCCCAAAGCCUGAAGGUUUUCUCCCGCCACCCUUCCCACCUCCGGGUGGUGACCGGGGCAGAGGUGGCCCUGGUGGUAUGCGGGGAGGAAGAGGUGGCCUCAUGGACCGUGGGGGUCCUGGAGGAAUGUUCAGAGGUGGUCGUGGAGGAGACAGAGGUGGCUUCCGUGGUGGCCGGGGCAUGGAUCGAGGUGGCUUUGGCGGAGGCAGACGAGGUGGCCCUGGGGGACCCCCUGGGCCUUUGAUGGAACAGAUGGGAGGAAGAAGAGGCAGCCGUGGAGGCCCUGGAAAAAUGGAUAAAGGCGAGCACCAUAAGGAACGCAGAGACUGGCCCUACUAGACGCAGAGACCCCGAAGAGCUGCAUUGACUACCAGAUUUAUUUUUUAAACCAGAAAAUGUUUUAAAUUUAUAAUUCCAUAUUUAUAAUGUUGGCCACAACAUUAUGAUUAUUCCUUGUCUGUACUUUAGUAUUUUUCACCAUUUGUGAAGAAACAUUAAAACAAGUUAAAUGGUAAAAAAAAAA